AUGGGAGAUGACAUUCCUCUUGAAAAUUCAUUUCAUCUAGAAGAAGUACUUUCGGAUGAAGAUGAAAAUCGUAGUACAACGAUUCGUGGUCGGACGCAAGACAUAUUCGUAAAUCGUAUUCGUACGCCACCAAUAACACGAUCUCGAUCUCAACAUACAGUUUCAAGUCAAUCAUCUGUUCGAAAUCUCAUGGGCACAUCAAGUGCAGUUCAGCUUCUUGAUGAAAAUCGUUUUCUCAACGAUGAACUCAAUCGGGUGGAAACAGUCUUGAAUCUAACUCGCGCAGAGAAAGACGAGUUAAGCAUACGGUACAACGCCUUGUCGGAUCGACUCGAGCAAUCCUUACGUGCCCAUGGUAUUGACGUCGCAUCGGAGGCUGGCGAUGGUGAACCGGAACGACGCGUUCUUGUCCAACAAAAUAUCGAGUUGAGACGAAGAUUAGAAGAAGAACAUCAAUCGUAUAAACGUAAAUUGUCUAAUUACCAAGAAGGCCAACAAAAACAAGCACAACUCGUACAAAAACUACAAGAAAAAGUUGUACAAUAUAAAAAACGAUGUGCUGAAUUGGAAUCAUUAACUGAUCAACAACGAGUCGACAUGGAUCGUAUUCGAGUUUCAUCGACGAGUAAUUCAACGCCACCGAGCUUGACCUACAAAUCUCGUAUUCCGGAAAAUAGCGAAGAACAAGAUGCUAGUGCCAUCAUUCUUGAAGAAGAAAAACAAAAAUCAGCAAAUCUAGGCCAAUUGAACAUUCUACUUCGUGAGCAACUCGAUCAAGCUCAUUUAGCUAAUCGACAAUUGAGCGACGAUGUUCGUCAUCUUACCAAAGAACUUCAACAAGUCCGUGAAGAAUUAGCAAAGAGAAAACAUGAUUUCAAAGAAGAAACACGGGCAUUCAAUAAAUACUAUGAUAAAGAACACAACAUGAUGUAUGAACUAUGGCGAGAAAUCGUUUCGUUUCGUCAACAAUUCACUGAGCUGAAAGGCACCACCGAACGUGAUUUAACACGCGUUCGAAAUGAUCUUGCUCAAACAGGUCGAUCAUUAACAAGUGCUUGUUUUAGCUUUCUAACAUCCGCUAAAACCGCAGAAUCUCAAGGACAAGCUGCAGCCGAACGUGAGCGUAAUGAUCGUGCUAAUUUAGAAAGUCAAAUCCGAGAGAAAACACGUGAAAUGACUGAUUUACAACAAAAACUGCAAGAACUGACUCAACUGAAUGAGAAACUACGCAAUCAAUUAAGCGACAAAGACAGUGCGAUUACCAAUCUGGCACGUACUAACCAAGCCAUGGUGAGUUUCUCGUUUUCUUCAAAUAACUGA